UCACUUUUGUAACGGUAUUGCGUCCGUGCGGGAGUGUCCAAGAAAGUCGGGCGUACGGCAAACGAGAAUGAUAAGCGAGUGACAAGUGGUGGAAUUACUUAGGUUGUGGAUAAUGUAGGUCGGAUAUAUGAGUUUGUUUGGGUUUCAUGUCGGACACUUGUGACUUAACACUGGUGUUAUUCGUUUAAAUUAUUGAUAUUCGCUGACGAAGGCAUCAAAACUGUCUUCUUCAAAUUGUGAAUCUGUAAUUAAGUGGUUAUUGCAUAUCCGAGCGCGUCGCAAUGGCUGAGGCCGCAGGUGCCGCCAGCACCAACCCCAAUGCUGAGAUUGUGAGGGGACAGGUAUUUGAAGUUGGCCCAAGAUACACUAACUUACAGUACAUCGGAGAAGGAGCCUAUGGCAUGGUUGUAUCCGCCUUCGACAACGUGAAAGUAACAAAAGUGGCCAUCAAGAAAAUAUCGCCGUUCGAACACCAGACGUAUUGCCAAAGGACGCUCAGGGAGAUAAAAAUCCUGACCCGAUUUAAGCACGAGAACAUCAUCGACAUUCGGGACAUUUUAAGAGCAGACACUAUCGACCAAAUGAAGGAUGUCUACAUUGUUCAAUGCUUAAUGGAGACCGAUCUAUACAAACUGUUGAAAACGCAGAAACUGAGUAACGAUCACAUCUGCUACUUCCUGUAUCAAAUCCUUCGAGGUCUGAAGUACAUCCACUCGGCGAACGUGCUCCACAGGGACCUCAAGCCCUCCAAUCUAUUACUCAACACCACCUGUGAUCUGAAGAUAUGUGACUUCGGUCUUGCUCGCGUGGCGGACCCCGAUCACGACCACACCGGCUUCUUGACGGAGUACGUUGCCACGCGCUGGUACCGAGCCCCGGAGAUAAUGCUCAACUCUAAGGGUUACACAAAGUCAAUCGACAUCUGGUCAGUGGGAUGCAUCUUGGCGGAGAUGCUGUCCAACCGACCUAUCUUCCCCGGCAAGCACUACCUCGACCAGCUCAACCACAUCCUCGGCGUGCUCGGCUCGCCCAGCCAGGAGGACCUCGACUGCAUCAUCAAUGAGAAGGCGCGUGGGUACAUGGAGUCCCUGCCGUACAAGCCGCGUCAACUAUUCAAAAUUAAAGCGAGAAAUACAAAAGCUAGAUGUAAACGUUUUUCUUUCUUCCAGCCCGUAUCGGAGGAACCUUUCCGUUUCGCAAUGGAAUUAGACAAUUUACCGAAGGAGACUCUCAAGAAAUACAUUUUCGAGGAAACUUUGCUGUUCAAGGUACAGAACGAGGGCGCAUAAACCAAACUAAAUUAUACGUCCAUUUCCAUUUAGCAACUAGUCGUGCGACUUGCGUUGUCGUUUUUGUAAUACAUCGCCAGUGCAAAUAUAACACGUGUCGCGCGACUAACCGCUAAGUGGAAAUUGGUUUAAGACCUGUCCAUAGACACUGUGACGUCACGGACACGCGUUUCAACUAAUUUUAUUUUUCAGUCUUUAGUCUAUAGGUUCCGUGUACAUUAAUUGAACGACUUUUUUAAUCUACAUUUUGCAAACUGUUUGAUUUUUGUAUUUUACAUUAUCUGUGACUAGAUAUUUUAUCAAAUGUUACGAUAUCUUAUCUGUCGCAUGUGAUUAAUAGAUUACUACGAAGUUUUUGUUUUUCAAAUAAUUUUAAGGAUAAUAAA